AUGAUAGAUACUCAUGAUGUUCUCAUUUUUACUUUUCAGGAUCGUGUGGUAUCACAAAGCUCAUAUCUAAAACGCCGUCUAACGGCAACCUCCGACCUCAUCCUAUCCCCACCGUUAAACAUAACGGCCGAGACUUUCUCCACCGUAGCCGAAUUCUGCUAUGACGGCAAAGUCCAAAUGACGCUGACCAACGUCGCUGCCAUAAGAACGGCGGCGGAGCUGCUGGGAAUGAAGGACGGUGGAGAGAGUCUGAGCCACGUGGCGGAAACGCAUUUCCGAGAAGUUAUUGGCAUCAGCGAAGAGUACGCGUCGAUGGUUCUGCGUUCGUGCCUGUCUCUGCUUCCGGAGGUCGAAACGACGGCGUUUCUUGUUAGCAGAUGCAUUGAAGCGCUGGUUUGCGGUGAGUGGAAGCAGUGUUGCGUUAGUCGUUUGAAUGUCGUGACGGAAUUGCAGCCGCAAGAUUUUCAAACCGUCGUUGAAUCCAUGAGCAGACGAUACGAGAACCACGACGUCCUCUAUAAGAUCAUUGAUCUGUAUCUUAAGGAAAAGAACUUUGAGAAACUAACGGAGGAACAGAAAAGUGGAAUAUGCAAUUGGAUAGAGUGUAGGAAGCUCUCAAAUAGAAGCCUUGUAAAUUGUGUUCAAAACCCAAGAAUGCCACUGAGAUUGGUGGUGCGAGCGGUGCUUGUAGAACAUCUCAACGCCCGCCACUCCAUCACCUUAGCAGGUGCUCAACACCAUCAACUCCAAUUACAGAGCAACACUGAACGACAACGUCGUUCCAUGACACUGGGGGACUUCCUGCGUCGCGACGCGGCUCUGCGCCAAACGGCACAACUUAAGGCAGCCAUGGAUUCCACUAACGCUCGCAUUAAAAGCUUGGAAGAAGAGCUUAGCAACAUGAACAAAGUCUUGCAAGAGCAUCAACGCGAGGAGGAGGAGGAGGAGGAAGAGGAGAAGAACGUGUUGGGGUCAGAGCGUUCGGCGAGUUUCCAUUUUGCGUCGGGGGAGAAUGGUAGAAUAGAGAGGGCUGAAAGAUGGUCUGUUUCGUCUUCGAGGAUUCGGUUUGAUGCAAGAAUAUUGGAGAACCAUCAAGCUGGUAGGUCUUCUUUCUCCGUUGAUGAUGAGAACGUGAAUCCAAAGAUGACCAAGACUUUUCGCCAGAGAUUGAUGAGUGGACUCAAGAAUGCAUUUCGGGUAUCAAUUUGA